AUGGCGAGCACGACAUCAUCACCACUAGUUAUCGUUGUAUCCGGUGGUGGACCGGUUGGACUUACCUUUUCACUUAAUAUCGCCGCAAUGAUGGGUAAACAUGUCAAAAUUAUUAUUUAUGAAGGUCGAUGGUUUGUUGAUGAACAUGGUAUUACCCGUUGGCAAGAUGAACAACAAGGUAAAACUCGUCGUGACCAAGUUGUUACGUUACAAGAUCAUGUUAUGGAACAAGUGCCUACUUUUUUUCAAGAAGGCUUGUUCCAAAAGAUAAAUGAACGUGUAUGGCCAACAUCAAGAAACAUACCAAUAAGAGAAGUUGAAGAUCGACUGUUUGAUCUAAUUCAACCGUUUGUUCAAAAUGGUCAAGUGGAAUUAAUUCCAGAACAAUUAAAUGAACAAUCUAAACAUUUGAUCGAAGGUGAUUUUGAUUUAUUAGUUGGUGCUGAUGGAUCGAAUUCGUUUGUUCGUCGUUACUGCAAUAUUCAAACGAUCAGUGAAGGCAUCGAAUAUGCAUGUGGUGUAGCAUAUAAUAUACCUCAAAAUAUACCACCAUCAGAUGAACCUCUUCAUCAAGCACUUAAUUGUAUAUUAACAAUUUCACAGACACGUUAUUUAGUGAACUCGUCAACGAGCCGUCGAGGUUAUCUCAAUAUUCGUUUAGUUCAAAAUGAAUAUAAAGAAUUACGUAAAUGUCUACAAAAAUUUCAAGAUUGUAAUGAGUCAUUAGAUUUACUAGAUUAUAAUAAAUGUCCACAUUCACCUGUAUGGUCAAUUGUUCGACAAGGAUUAGAGUUUUUUAAAAUAUCUGCAAAAUAUGUUACUCGUAUUGUACCAAUCGAGAUUAAUGUUCGACAUGCAUCAAUUGUUGUUCGAGAACUUCGUUUUGAAGUUAACAAAACACAACCGACGACAUCGACAUCGAAUGUAGGUGGCAGUAAGAAAAAACAAUUUAAGACAAUGUUAGCAUGUCUUGCUGGUGAUGCGGCAAUGAAUGUACAUUUCUGGCCCGGUCGAGGUAUGAACAGUGGAAUGAAAGCAGCUAUGGCACUUGCUCGAAAUAUCCUCCGUGCGUGUACAUCUAAAACAUCUCCUCAUUCAAUCGAAGUUCGUACUCCACUUCGACUUCUCGAUUUUCUCGACUAUGAAGGUUUCAUGGCUCGUCUUAGGUUACGUGAGCAACAAGGUCGUUCAUUGCCUAUUCUCAUGGAUUCGAUCGAUGCCAGUGUUGGAGAAGCUUAUACCUAUGCUCAUUUGAAUCAUUGUUAUGAUAGAUACACAAAGAAAUUGAAUGAAAAGUUGAAAGAGACAAGAUCACGUUUUGAUCAACGAUCCGAUUGGCCUCAUCUAACAAGGCCAGUAACAGAUGAAGAAUUACAGGCUGCCUGUAAUCGAAUUUCUCAUAAUGCUGUCGCUCAACUUUCAUUAGCUAAUCCAUGGCCAACACGAGAGAUGAGUGGUAUUGAAGUCCUCGUCGAGGACACUUUUCCAUUCAAUCUGCAACAGUUUUUACCUGAACCAACAAUAGGGGAAGUUACUUCAGAUCGCCCACCAAGCACUAUCAUUCGACAUCGCUUUCUCAUCUUAUGGAUCGUUAGUGACAUGAUGAGUGAAAAUAUAAAAAAAAUUAUUGAAUCAAUUCAAACUUCUCCCAAUUUCGCCGAUCCAUCAAAAACAACAGCAGUAAUAACAACAAAUCAGGCGCAGAAUUCAUCUGUGGAAAGUUUUCAUGAGCUACAUGUAGUUUGCACUAUCGAAGAAGCUCAAAACUGGAUAGUGGACAAUCGUAAACGUUUAGAAACGCCUGGCACUCUCUUCAAAGUAAUUACUACAUGGUCACUUAACGAAGGAAAAACGGCAGUAGAUGUAAUUCAAGCAGUUCGUGCGGGUGCAUCACGUGUUCCCUUAUUAAUUUUUACAAAUACACCUGAAGAAACACAGCCAGCACUUCAAUUUCCAAAUGUUAUUGCUACUUAUCUAGUAUAUGACUUGUAUGAAUUUGUCGGGAUUAACCAAGAGACACAGUGGGAUCCAGGCUGCACUGUAUUAUCAGAACCUGAAGAAUUUGCUGCACUGGACACAUGUAUAGAACUUGAUUGUAAAGGUUGCCCUUGUGCCAAGUGUCACAAGUGUCGUGAUUGGCAUUUUACUGGUGAUCAAGGCACGUGGGACUGGGUCUGCAAUUACAAAAAUUGGAAAAAGGUGGAUGAGGAUCGCUGGUACAAUGGUGACUAUACGCUUUUUACGAAACGUGAUGGCGCAACCUGUUCCGGUUAUUUUGGUCCUUUUUAUGGUUUCUAUCGUCUUGUGUGUUAUUAUUAUCGUGAUGGUGGUCUUUAUUUUUCUCAUUUUCUUGAUGGUCAUGUAUGUCUCUGUGAGAAGCACUAA